ACUCUGAUUGCUUGAUAGUCAUCCACAUCACUCAACAAUGGAAAACAAACCAUCAUCGGAAGCUGUACCAGAAAAUGCAAAUGAACACUGUCCAGGUGUAGAAAGUCAAAAUGCAGGAAAGUCAUCAUCUUGUGCUGGAUGUCCAAAUCAGUCCUUGUGUGCAAGUGGAGGAAUGAAGAAUGGUAUUAACCAAACUGCUGUAGAAACUGAACAAAUCAAGGAAGCUAUGAAAUCGAUCAAAAGAAAGUUUCUAGUUUUAUCUGGUAAAGGAGGUGUUGGAAAAUCUACUGUUUCCUCCCAAUUAGCUCUCACUAUGGCACUUUGUGAAAAGGAUAGUGUUCCACAAGUAGGAGUUUUGGACGUAGAUUUAUGUGGGCCAUCUAUUCCAACAAUGUUUGGUUUAGAGGGGUAUCAAUUACAUCAAAGUAAUUUAGGAUGGACACCUGCAUACUAUGAAGAUAAUUUGGCUGUUGUUAGUAUCGGAUUCAUGUUACCAAACAAGGAUGAUGCUGUAAUAUGGAGAGGACCAAAGAAGAAUGGGUUAAUCAAACAAUUUUUGAGAGAUGUUUAUUGGGGAGAUUAUUUGGAUUAUCUCAUUAUUGACACACCACCAGGAACAAGUGAUGAACACAUAACAAUUGUUCAAUAUUUGAAAAAUGUGGAUAUUGAUGGAGCUAUUAUUGUGACAACACCACAAGAUGUCAGUUGUAAUGAUGUAAGAAGAGAAAUUAAUUUUUGCAAAAAAGUUGGAAUACCAAUUAUUGGAAUAAUUGAAAAUAUGAGUGGUUUUGUUUGUCCAAAUUGUAAGAAUAAGGCAAUGAUUUUUAAACCAACAAGUGGUGGAGGUCAACAAUUGGCUAUUGAUUAUGAAAUACCAUUCUUAGGAAGUAUUCCUCUUGAUCCAAUGGUUAUGCAAUCCUGUGAAACUGGUAAAAGCAUUGUUAAAGACCAUCCUGAAUCUCCAGCUUCUCAAGCAAUGAAAGAAAUUGUUCAAAAAAUAAUUACUCACAAAAAGAACAAUCAAUAAAUGUAAAUACUAUUCUCUCUUCAUACCC